AGCCAAAUGGGUUAAGUAGGCUAAACUUUAUCCGGACGAAAGGAAGUGUGUUACUCUCGGCUUUUUUCAUGUGUCACUAAAAUCUUCCUGUAAUUCUUGACUCGACAAUGAUUCACCGCCUGACUUGCCGGAUGAGUGGUCAUAGCCUAUAUGCUAAUUCAUAUUGCAUCGCUGUAGAGGCGGAGCGCACGCUUGCCAGAAUUAACCUAUUCAAGUGCCGCUUCAGCGGCACAGUUUGCGCUGACCGGCUGCGAGAUCGGGCUGUAACUAUGAACAUGAAACACACUGGAGUUUUACUAUGGAUUCAUAUCUGUCUUUCACUGUUAGGUUCGUUUGUCAUCUGCAGCCAAGCGUUACCACAUGUUUCGCGCUAUGAUGUGGUUCGACUUCUGAAACUAAACGUUAACGGACGCACGAAAAGGAGUGCCUCUUCUCAACAGACAUUCCCAGAUGAACUACACUUCGGACUGGUAGCGGAGGGGAAGAACUACACUCUGCACUUAGAAAAGAACAGAGAUUUAAUCGGGAAGGAUUACACUCUGACACACUACAAAAAGGAUGGGACUGUGUCAACAACAGGCUCAGAGGCUGCAGAUCACUGCUAUUAUCAUGGUCACGUCCCUGGGCUGGUGGACUCUUCUAUCAGUGUUGGCCUCUGCUCUGGAAUGCACGGUGUGGUGUCAGUGGACCAGAAGGUGUAUCUCAUCGAGCCUCUGGAAGGUUCCGUGGAGGGCGAUCACGCCCUGUACCGCCCUGAGCACCUGACAAAGAGGAGCAGAGAGAAGCGAGGCGCGGGUGUGCACCCGGAGAUGGAUGUCCUGUACGACGACACCCCCCGCCCACUGGGCAUGCGGAGCCGCGCGUCACUGAAGGCCCAGCGCUUCGUGGAGCUGAUGGUGGUGGUCGACAGCAGUGAGUACAAGCACUAUAAAACCAAGAAGAAGGUGGAGGAGUUUAUCCUGAAAGUUGCAAAUCAUGUUGACAUGCUGUACCGUCCCUUGAACCUGCGUGUGAUCCUGGUGGGUCUGGAGAUCUGGUCUACUGAUCAGAUUGUGGUGAGCUCAAGACCCAGUGACUUGCUCAACCAAUUUGUCGACUGGCAGAGGAAUAAUCUGAUGAAGCGGAAGAAACACGACAAUGCCCAGUUUGUCACUGGAGUGGAUUUUGAAGGCAGUACUGUGGGACUGGCGUUUGUGUCAGUCAUGUGUUUCGACAAAUCAGGUGGUGUGAAUCAGGAUCGCCAUGACGGCAUCCUCAGCCUGGCGUCCACCAUGGCCCAUGAGAUGGGGCACAAUCUGGGCAUGAGCCACGACGAGGACAGCUGCCACUGCGGGAAAGACGGCAAGAGCUGCGUCAUGGCAGAUACAGUGGGCUUUGUCUACCCAGAGCGCUUCAGCAGCUGCAGCCAGGCGGCCUACAGGAAGUUCCUGGAGGACUACAACCCCAGCUGCCUGGUCAACAAGCCCCGCCCUGAACAGGUGUACGGGGCUCCUGUGUGCGGCAACGCCUUCCUGGAGAAGGGAGAAGAGUGUGACUGCGGGACAGUGGAGGAGUGUACUAACCCCUGCUGUAAUGCCACUACCUGCCGCCUGACGGAGAGCUCCCAGUGUGCAGAAGGAGAGUGUUGCCAGAACUGUAAGUUUAAGGCAGCGGGGAACAUGUGCAGGAUGAGUGCCCAUGACUGUGAUCUGACGGAGCACUGCUCUGGGAGUUCUGGUGACUGCCCUCGUGACGUCUACCGGAUGAACGGUAUCCCAUGCAACCGUAACCGCGGAUACUGCUACAAUGGCCAGUGCCCCUCCCACCAGCAGCAGUGCCGCCUACUCUUUGGAGAAGAUGCAGACUCGUGUUUCGUCAAUACUUGUAAUUAUCGCUUGGCCUGUGAUGAAAGGCAGUUGAAGUGUGAGAACGUGCAGUGCACGGGGGGGACGGCCCGGUACGGCAUGGAGUGGUCAUUGCCAAGGGGAGGAAAGUGUAAAAAAAUCACCAGUAUCUCUAACGGCCAGGACGACCUGAAGAGAGCUCCCACUGGGACUAAAUGUGCCAACAGUAUGGUGUGUGUUAAAGGCCUGUGUCAGGACGUGUCUGUGUAUGGAACCAAGGACUGCUCAGACAAAUGCAACAACCGUGGGGUGUGUAACCAUGAGAACGAGUGCCAUUGUGACCCAGGCUGGGCCCCGCCCUACUGCACAGCGGAGCUGCCCAAUCAGGAGACAGGCUCCAGCGGUGUGGUGAUUGGUGUGUGUGUGGCAGUGGGCGUGCUGCUCCUGCUCACGCUGCUCAUGGCUGGCCUGUCCUGCUGCAAAACCUCCCAUUCCAUGGACAGGACAGCCGUUAAGGGCAAGAGGGUACCACGCACCUCCUCAGGCGAGGCCAACCCUGUAUUUCAGGCAGGCAGUGCCAAGAACAGCCCUCGCUGUGGACCCCCUCGCAUCAGUUUGCCCACCUUCCUGGAGUCCACGGUGACGCAGAGCUGCAAGCCUCUCGGCGUGAAACCAGUACCCAACCGCACUGCCCCACAGCCACCUAAGAAGCCCCCAGUGCAGCCCGUGUUACCUCAUGACCCUAAGCCACAGAACUCAGGCUGUGUAACACCGGCAAAGUCCUCUCCUGCUGUGCCUCAUGUCAAACCUCAUCUUCCAGCAAACAAGCCUGUACCUCCAGCGAACAAGCCACUUCCUGUGGCAAGCCGUCAACUACAUGUGGUGAGCAAACCACAAGCUCCAUCGAGGCCUUUGCCUCCACUGACCCCAAAAACGGUAAACAAGCCAACCCCCCCUCCAGUGCCCCCUGUGAAGCCCUCCUCAUCACCGUCGCCAUGGAAAUUAGAGGUCCCAGCAGGGCAGAAGUUGGCUCUCAUUCCCCCACGGGGUCGCAGAUGACCUAAGAGACCGGGAGACGAGACGAGAGGAGAGGAGAUGAGAGGAAAUGAGGAGUCGCUUUAGAGACAGACAGACCCACAGGAGGUCUAGUGUUUUACCGUCCCCACCACACCAGCAGCCUUAGAGGAGGAACCGAAGGAGGAGAGGGAGAGGGAGAUGAUGACGUGCUGUUUUUUUCUUUGGGCUGGAGUGUUUGUGGCUGGUGUUCGAGGAGCAAUGCCCUCUGGGAUACUGGAGGCAUGUUUAGCGCAGGGUGCAGGACCCGCUGCUUGUUUUCGGGCCGUCCACAUGUAGGUCUUUCUUUCAGGGACUUUUUAAUGGUACGAGUGCCAGACAAAGUGCUCUUUUCAUGGACAUAAUUGCUGAAUUGUUGUGUUGCCGCACUGCUCUAGAUGCCCCUGGACAGCAAGAGCUCACAGGACUGGAUACGUCACAGUCUGGCCAGGGCUGCAAAAUAUUUUUCUCCACACGGACCGCAGCCUCUCUGAAGUUGGAUAUUAAUGAAGAAUGAGGCCAUUUUGGUCCAGUUGGAUUGUUCUGUCUUUUUUCAAGCCACUGAUGCUGUUAUAUUUCUGCACAUUUGUUUUUCCUAUAGGUCACUUGUGUCUGUCGAGUUUAUGUUUACAUGUUUAUGUUGUUUUUUUGCACAUUGACAGAGGCAUUUGAAAGGGUUGUGCCAGUUGUUUUUUUUAGGCAGUUUUCUUGUUCAGCUGGUCUGAAACCUUUUGUAUUUGUCUUAUUGAUUCUCAGCAUUUUUCUUUUUAAUUUACUGUUUUAUUUCAUAAUCAUAACGUCAAAAUAUGUGAAUUUGUGUCAUUUUGUUUAUUCUCUGCAUUUUCUACCGAGCAAUAAAAAGUCAUAACUAUA